GAAUGAUCACAGGCAUUCAGCAAUCAAGCUAACGUACGAGUUCUUCAAAACGAGAAUGUAUCUGAAGGAUGUUGAUGCCUUCAAUGCCAUGGAAAAAGUAGGCCAAUCCGAAAUACAACACUUUGUUGACUUCGCCAGAAUUUGUCACUUGCCACAAGAAAUGCCACACAAAAGUAAACUAAAGUCUCUAACUUUACCUACUGCGACACAGUUGCACCAAGCAGGAGUGAAGUUCAAGGUGAAGCAAAGUAGGAAUCUUUUUGACAUACAGUUCAAAGAUGGAACCUUGGAGAUUCCACGCUUGAGAAUAAAUGAUGCUAUGGAGAACUUUCUGAGGAAUCUCAUUGCAUAUGAACAUUACCACUUGAAAGAUAACUAUGUGAAUGACUAUGUCUUCAUCCUGCAUCGCCUUAUCGACACGCCUGAGGAUGUGGAAUUGCUUGCUCAGAAUGGGAUUAUUGAGUCAAAGUUAGCAGAUCUGUGUAAGGAGCUCAAUGAUUACUAUAGAGUGCCCUGGCAUAAAUGGAAGGCAACUUUAAAACAGGACUACUUUACAAAUCCAUGGGCCAUUAUCUCUGUAAUUGCAGCAAUUGUGCUUCUUAUACUCACCAUAGUGCAGACAUAUUAUGCAGUGGCUUCUUACUAUUAGUUGUUUCCCAAAAAAAAAAAUGUUACAAAUUUUUUUUUUCCGUGGUACAAAAGUUUUCGGCAAGAGAUUGGACUCACCCACAAGCCAAGGAUAGGGAGAACUAACUCAUGAUCUAUAGGAACUAGCCCAAACAGGGAUGUGCAUACAUCCUGUUAAUCCUAACCUUAGUAGUAUUCCCGCUUCACUUAGCUGCGAGUAUGCCUCCCUAAGUGCCACGACAAUCUCCAAAAUUGAACCUUUUCUGUUUGGUAAGAGUGUCCAACUCUUUGACUACUGAACCCAUAGUGCGAUGUGUUGUUACAAGUUUAUGAUGAUAGAUAAAUUUAUAUUUGAUUUUUAUGCAAA